AUGUCAGCAUUUAGUACACCAAUCAAAGCAAAAGGUAUAAAAAAUGAAAUAGAAGAUUCAAUGUUAAGUUUUAAUAACAAAACAAUUUCAACUCCAAAUAACAAUAAAAUCAACUCUUCUUAUAUUGAAGAAGAAGACAAAACUUAUAUUUAUAAUACAACUAUCGAGGAUGAUAUAUCUUCUAAUUAUGAAGAAGAAGAUGAUGAUGAUGACGAAGAAAAUGUAAUUCAAGAUCUUGAAGAUGAAAUAAGGGAAAGAUUAUCCAAAGAAAGUAACGAUACGGAAAUAGAGGAAGAUGAUGAACCGACUAUUAAAAAGGAUAUAAAACAAUCUUCAACCUCAAAUCCAAAAACUGAUCUUACAAAGACUAAAUUUGAGAAAUUUAUAACUAAACAUGAAAUACCGAGAAAAGUAUUUCAUUCAUCAAUUGGUAUAUUAACAUUAUGGUUAUAUACAAAAGGUACAACUAUACCACAAUUAUUUGCUCCAUUAUUGACUGCUUUUGUAUUAGUAUUAGCAAAUGAUUUAAUAAGAUUACAUAAUCCAGAAAUAAAUAAAUUUAUUACUUCCAAGAUGUGGUUUAUAAUUAGAGAAAAUGAAAAAGAAUCUUAUAAUGGAGUUUUAUUUUAUUUGGCAGGUGUAUUAAUUGUAUUAUAUUUAUAUCCUAAAGAUAUUAGUGUAUUAAGUAUUUUAUUAUUAAGUUGGGCUGAUACUGCUGCUUCAACUGUUGGUAGACAAUUUGGUAAAUAUACUCCAAAAAUUGGUAAAAAUAAAUCAUUAGCUGGAUCUUUAGGAUCAUUUUUCGUUGGUAUAUUAUCAUCUUAUUUAUGGUAUGGUUGUCUCAUUCCAAAUUAUCCAGUUAACAAACCUGGAGAAAUUUUUUGGUCACCAAAUCAUAGUUUUUUGAAUAUUCAUAUAUUAUCAUUAAUUGUUGGAGUAGUUGCUAGUGUUUCGGAAUUUAUUGAUUUAUGGGGGUUAGAUGAUAAUUUUACUAUCCCUGUAUUGAGUGGUACAUGUUUGUAUUGGAUUACAAAAAUAGCUCAGAGCUAA